AUGAAACAACUGAUAAUACUAAUAACUUGUGCAAUAUUUUUCGAAAAAUCAGUGAUCAGUAAAGAGUAUAUAAAAGUUGAGUAUAUUAAAAAAAACUAUAGAAUUUUCAGUACUGCAUAUAAUAUUACUUGCUAUUAUUUGUGCGAAAAUCAAACAAAUAAAAAGUGUCCUAAAGUAUCAAGGAAUACUGGAAAGAUUUUUGAGUCUAAAUGCAACCAAUAUGAUAGAAAUUGCACAAAUAACUUUAAUAUGAAUAUUGCCCUGCCAGCAUGGAUGACUUAUUAUUCUGUUACACUGUAUGAAACAAAAUGCACAGUGAAAAGAGGAAAAAAUAUUUUAAAAUUACCAGGAAGCGAAGAAUGUUUAUUUUCUCCAGAAAUAUGUUGGGAUAAGCAACACGAAGCAUGGGUAGUAUGGAAAAAUGAAUCUCUAACUGGUCCAGUAUUGUUUAAAGGCUUAAUAGAAGAAUGGACAUUAAGUAUUGAUUCUAUUAUGAAAUUCAUCAGUUUUAAGUACAAAAAUAACGAUUAUUUUCUACAGUUAUUAAAAAAAGAUAAUUAUUCCAAAACAUGGUUUACUGAUAACGAAGAAUUUGAAAUUGAAGAUAUUUCUAAAGAAAAUUCUUCUGGUCAUCACGAAUCAUUCUUGACUUCCAAACAUUUUGUGAAUACUUUUGAUUUACAAGAAAAAAAAUGUAUUGCUUCGUAUGGUUCACAAGGUCAAGACGAGACCAUAGAUCCGUUGGAAUGGGGGUGGCAAUUGGUACAUGGAGAGCUUAGUCCUGUCACCAUGACCCAGGAAGCCGGUCCCGAGGAAAUUUUAAGCAAAAUUUCUUGUUCUUGUGAAACCGACUGUGGCACGAGGUGCAGGUGCCGCCGAAGUGGGUUGAAGUGCUCACUUGCAUGCAAGCAUUGCGAUGGCAAUUGCUCAAACCAAAAAGGUUUUUCCAACGGGGCCGAGAAUAGUGACGAGGAAGAAGAUGAAGAAGGGGAAGAAGAAGAAGAGUUAAAAAGUUAA